ACGGCUAUGAUUAUUAUACUCAUUUAUGGAUUAUUGAUUACAGUAUUACGGAUAAUAUAAUUAAUAUGCAUGCCAUUAUAGAGUAAUAACUCUAUGAUGCAUGCCCAAGCGGUGGUCACCACUCUUUACUAUCUAUGGGCACCACUCACCAGCAAACCUAUAGAUAACAAGUAUUUAUAAAAGUAUAUAAACACUAUAAAAGUAUAAAGUACCGGAACCUUCGGGAGAAUAAGUCUUCUAUAAUUAGUCAAGAGAUGGUUCAGAAGUUUUGAGCCUUGAGGUAUUGAAGCUUUAAGAGGCUCUCUAGACGUUUAUGUAUACUCAUAGAAAAGAUAUUUUGAAGAAAUGAAAAAAUGAUUAAGUUUAAGUUGAAGCCAUUAAGUAUUAAUUAUAGRAAACGUUAUAAGUCAUUUUUGUCUUCAAAUGAAAUACGUAGACGAUUCAUUGAUUAUUUUGUUGAAGAAAAUGAUCACACUUACAUUAAAUCUAGUCCUGUAGUACCUUAYAAUGAUCCUACGAUAGCUUUUGUGAACGCUGGCAUGUGUCAGUUUAAGAGUGUGUUACUUGGUCAAAGAACUUUAGCAGCCAAUCGUGUGGCCAAUAGCCAAAAAUGUAUAAGAGUYGGUGGUAAACACAAUGAUUUGGAUAUUGUUGGUUUGGAUGGUUACCAUCAUUCAUUUUUUGAAAUGCUUGGAAACUGGUCUUUUGGACAUUAUGGCAAGGCUGAAGCAUGUCGUCUGGCUUGGAAUUUACUGACUUCACCGCCCUAUAGCAUACCCACUGAGCAAUUAUAUUGUACUGUAUUUAAUGGCGAUAAAACACUAAAUGUAGAAGCUGAUAAUGAAACUCUUCAGAUUUGGAAACAUAUUGGGUUAAUAUUUUUUUUUUUUUUUUAAAUAUUAACGUCACGCCAAAAAUAUUCUAACGAACGGGGGCAAUUUAGUAGUCGAGGAUGUUGCUAUCUAUCAAAAGUAAUAAAACAACAUUAUUAUUUCUUUAGACGUGUGUGUGUGUGUGUGUGUUAAGUGUGCUGCGUAUGCGUAUACGACCGACCGCGAUUUAAUAGUUAUAGGUAGAUAUUCUGCAAUCAUACAAAACAAAACUUUUUUUUCCGCCAGUCGUCGCGGUUCUAACUUAAAAUAUUAUUACAUCAUGUCAUCGGCGAGGAGAAGUUUAAAGUCAAAUUUCCAUUAUCGAAGUGAGUCGACGUGAUGAAGUUCGUAACCGCGUAUAGGAAUCGAACCACGACAGACCCACCGGAAUAAACAAUUAUUUUUUCUGUAUUUUUGAAUACGAUUAAAAAAAAAACACACUCCUCUAGUAGACCCCUC